UUCAUCUUAUCCAAUCAUAAUCCUAAGCCUAAACAAAAGAUAGUGUUUGGAGUUUGGAGGGAAAAUUAAGCCUUCAUCUGUAAUCUCUCUUCAAUCUGUCUCAAACUCAGUUCUAAAUCACAAAGUUUGAGUUUAAUCCCAACUUAAGUAAAAUGGCAACUUGUUCAUUUUCAUUAUUACCACUCAAAUCAAGUAAUUUAACCAAAUUUCCUCGCAAAAAUUCAAAUUCCUCAACUCCAAUUAUUUGCCAACUGGAACCCAGAAACCCCAAGAAUGCACUUUUAUCAGAGUCAAAGAGGUUAAGGGCAUGGAUUUCCACAGCAUUGGCAGCUGCUGCAGUUGUGAGCUUCACCACAAAUUUCCCUGCUUUGGCUGAUUUGAAUAAGUUUGAAGCUGAAAUGCGUGGCGAAUUUGGGAUUGGCUCUGCUGCUCAAUAUGGUUCUGCUGAUUUAAAGAAAGCUGUUCAUGUCAAUGAAAAUUUCAGAAGGGCAAAUUUCACAUCAGCAGAUAUGAGGGAAUCAGAUUUCAGUGGUUCAACAUUCAAUGGUGCAUACCUUGAGAAAGCUGUUGCUUACAAAGCCAAUUUCUCUGGUGCUGAUUUUAGUGAUACGCUGAUGGAUCGCAUGGUCUUAAAUGAAGCGAAUCUUACUAAUGCUGUUCUUGUAAGAUCAGUCCUUACUCGAAGUGACCUUACUGGUGCUCUUAUUCAAGGUGCUGAUUUUAGUGAUGCUGUUCUCGACUAUCCUCAGAAACUGGCUCUUUGUAAGUAUGCAAGUGGAACGAAUUCAAUAACAGGAGUAAGCACAAGAGUAAGCUUAGGUUGUGGAAACAAAAGAAGAAAUGCAUAUGGUAGUCCUUCUUCUCCCUUACUAAGCUCUCCUCCUCAACAGCUACUUGACCGCGAUGGAUUCUGUGACCCUGCUACUGGUCUCUGUGAUGCCAAAUAGCCUGGUAAUUUGCAGCAAUUACAUGACCAACGGUUCUGUUUUACCAUGUACAUAUAGUUUGCUUUGUUAGAAAACCAAAUAUUUAUAUGAAUCAAAGUUGACAUAAUCGUGUUUGAUAUUUUACAA